CUGGGGCUAGAGCGGCCAUCCAGUCCCCCUGCCCCCGAAGUAACCACGCCAGAGCCAGGCAUCUACCAUGGGAUCUGCCUUCAGCUGAAUUUUACUGCCUCCUGGGGGGACCCACACUACCUGGGGCUCACGGGCCUGGAAGUGGUGGGCAAGGACAGCCAGGCACUGCCCAUCAGCCUGCACCAGAUCUCUGCCUCCCCCAGAGACCUAAAUGACCUCCCUGAGUACACCGAUGACUCCCGGACCCUGGACAAGCUAAUCGAUGGAGCGAACAUCACCAUGGAGGAUGAGCACAUGUGGCUGAUUCCUUUCUCGCCUGGCCUGGACCACGUGGUCACGAUCCGCUUCGACAGAGCCGAAAGCAUUGCUGGCCUGCGCUUCUGGAACUACAAUAAAUCUCCUGAGGACACCUAUCGUGGGGCCAAAAUCGUCCACAUCUCCCUGGACGGCCUGUGUGUCUCGCCUCCAGAGGGCUUCCUCAUCCGGAAGGGGCCGGGCAACUGCCACUUUGAUUUCGCUCAAGAAAUUCUCUUUGUGGACUACCUCCAGGCUCGCCAGCUACCCCAGCCAGCCCGGAGGCUCGACUUGCAAAGCCUGGAGCGGGCGACCAUGGACUACGAGGCGCCCCUGAUGCCCUGUGGCUUCAUUUUCCAGUUGCAGCUCCUGACCAGCUGGGGUGAUCCCUAUUAUAUCGGUCUCACGGGCCUGGAGCUGUAUGAUGAGCGGGGAGAAAAAAUCCCUCUGUCGGAAAACAAUAUCGCCGCCUUCCCCGACAGCGUGAACUCCCUGGAGGGCGUGUGCGGGGACGUCCGGACCCCCGACAAGCUCAUCGACCAAGUGAAUGACACCAGCGACGGCAGGCACAUGUGGCUGGCCCCCAUCCUGCCCGGCCUGGUGAACCGGGUUUAUGUGAUUUUCGAUCUGCCCACCACCGUGUCAAUGAUCAAACUGUGGAAUUACGCAAAAACGCCCCAUCGAGGGGUGAAAGAGUUUGGCCUCCUGGUGGAUGACUUGCUUGUGUACAACGGGAUCCUGGCCAUGGUGGGCCACCUGGUGGGGGGCAUCCUGCCCACGUGUGAGCCCACGGUGCCCUACCACACCAUCCUCUUCACCGAGGACACGGACAUCUGCCGCCAGGAGCGACACACCACCAUCAGCAAUCAGGUGGAGGAUCAGGACGUCCAGAUGAUGAAUGAAAACCAAAUCAUCACCAACUCGAAAAGGAAGCAGAGCGCGGUUGACCCAGCCUUACGCCCCAAAACGUGCAUAAGCGAGAAGGAGACCGCGCGACGGUGGCGGUGCUGACCGCAGAGGAGGGGGGCCUGGUCCUCCAGCCAGCGGCGCCCGUGUCACCCGCCCCCGGUCCUCAGCCUUGGCAACCUGGACUCUGCAGGCUGGAAGAGGGGAGCGAGAGGGGACGCGUGUGGCCUGGCCUCCCUCUGCCGCUGGGCUCCGGGGCGCCCUCCUGGGACCCACGCCUGUGCACACAAACCCGCCAGGACAGUGAGGUGGCGGGGGGGGGCCCUCCCCUCCCUGCAGAGCAUGGCUGCCCAGGGCUCAGCCACCAAACCCCCCCACAUGAGGGGGCGCCGGGGGAGGCCCGAGAGGAGGUGCCAACAACCCCCCUCCCUGCCACACCCCUGCCUCAUCUGGGGGCUGGUGGAGCCGGCUGAGAGGGUGGCGUUGUUCCCUGGUCCCCCAAUGUCUAGCCAGGGCUGCUCCAGCCCCGGACGCACUCGGGGAUGUGGGUGUCUCGGGGAGGAAAGGAAGGGAGCCGCGCCCACCCUCCCUGCUGCCAGGCCCUCCUAGGAUGGCGGUGGGCAGCUUCACACCCCAGACGGCCAGCAGGGCCCGUCCAGAUGCCCUCUGGAAGCAGGGCAGGCCGAGGACCAGGCCACAACCCCACCUCCCCUUCCACUUGAACUUUGCCUGGAGGCGGGCGGCCCUCCCUCUGGUCUGAGCGCGGGCUCCUCCUGCUUGCUCCUCCCUCCUCUGCGCACAGGUGCCCUUGCAGGGAGGCAGCGAGGUGCUCGUUGCCCAGCCCCCCCGCUUCGAGCAGCUUCCCCUCGAGAUGCUACCGCGGAGGGAGGUCGGGGAGGCUCUCCAAUACCAGGGGGCCAGAGCAAUUCUCCCCUCGGCCUGGGACAGAGGGAGGUGGGGUUUCCAAGGGGCCGUCAGUUUGGCUGCUCGAGUUGGAAAUGUGCCUUGCACCCCCAGCCGAGUGAAGCUCAGAACGUAUCUAUUUCCAUCGACGUAACAAGCUCGGAUCAGGGACCUAAUUGGUUUCCCAGUGGUGGGUAAUUUCUCGUUCCAAAUAUCAAUCCGUUGUUUUCCUGGCGCCCAGCCCGGCCCCGCCGCAGUGCUGUACUCCAAGUAGGUUCCUGUGCAACCGAGAGCCCCAGCAAAUACUUUAUGAGCUUUGCAGCUUCGGCCGAGCAGCUAUGCAAAUGCGCUUUUCAUUUGGAGCGUGGGGCCGAUGUGAAGAUAAGGAAUUGUUUCUCCCAGAGAAGAUCCAUCAUCGCUGUAGCUUCCAGGGCCCCGGCUUCCAGGCUCACCUCCCAGAUGUGGCAAGCGCCUCCGAGGCCUCUGGGCUCCCAGGAGAGCUGAGGCCCGGGGGGGCUGGGGGCUGAUCGAGCCAGCCCUUAGGGACCAAAGCUGGUGCCACCGCCACGUUGAAUACGGCCCAGCUCUCUGUCCCCACGCGAGGCUGGGGCACAGGUCAGACCACCACGCACGCUCGCUCCCAGAACCUCCACUGCUAUUGCUAAGAAUUGUAUGCGCCAUGUAAUUUAGGAGGGGAAAAAAGCUGUACGGGCAUUAACUGUAAAAUAAAUGUCUAUUUUUUUUCUCUUGCAAAAUCAA